GUGGGGUUGCAGGUUCAGCUGCAGAUGCUGCAGAGCCAGAAGGCCCAGCGGUGCUCCAAGUGCUGCCCGAGGAGCAGAGCCCACGCUGGGGAGGCGGCCGAGAAACCGCUGCUGCUGGAGACCAGCCUACCUGGCCAUCACCAGGGUGUGGCCACCAUCACCAUGGGGCCGCUCAUGCUCAGCUGCGCCGUCUGCGCAACUGCAGCUCGUCCUUGCUCAAGGAAGCCACGGUGACCUGCGUCGCACCUCAUCACAGCAAGGUGUGCUUUACAUUUGAGUGCCCCGAGUGGGAGAAAGUGCGUGAGGAUGACAAGAUGGGCUUUAUCAUGACCGAGUGUGGAGUGGAAGGAUCCAGCUUGCGGCUGGUUGGCCAUGGCAGCAGCGGCUCCCACCAGGCAGAGGCCCUGUUCUCCUCUGCAGAGGGAGAGCCGUCCUGUGACGCUCUGCUCCUGCUCGAGAUCAAGACGGUCUGGUUCAACUUUGCGGCUCCUCCAGCACCACCAAUGCACACCGUACCGACUUCACCAG